AUGGAACCAAGUGAUCUUAAAAAGUCUAUUGAGAAACUCCGUAAAGCAUUUCUUGAUCUUUCAGAUGAAGACCAAUUUGAUGCUCGGGAUAUUAAAUUGGUUAAGUCAUCUGAUAUACCAUGCAUAUCUUUUCUCGAGACAAAUUCAUCUUUAUCAAAAGCUCUGGAAACAUUAGUGAAACACUGCCAAUGGCGUAAAAAGGAGCACAUCAAUGAUUUGAAAGCCACCGAUUUUCCAGCUGAAGUUUUCCGCCUUGGUUGGCUCUAUCAUCAAGGAAGUGAUCUUGACGGUCAUCCAUUGAUGUGGAUGAGAUUGAAAGUUCCGCUAGGACCAAGAUCGUUGCUCUUGAAAUAUUUCACUUAUUCAUUGGAAGUGGUUCGCAAUCGAACCCUUGCCGAUGAAAUUAAGCCAGCUGUUAUUUAUGACUGCCGUAAUCCAAGUAUAGAUAUUAAUGCUCUUAAAGAGUUGGUUCAUAUUGGGCUCAAUCAAUAUCCACCUUGGAUUGAGUACAUUGUCUUCCUUGAGAUGAGUUCGACUUUUGCUUUCUUUUGUAGAGCUGCUCGCUACUUUUUCCCCAAACAUCUCCGUGAUCAUGUCAAAUUCAUGUCAGCUUCUCAAUUAGAGAGUCUUAUUUCACUGGACAACUUCCCUGAUUAUAUGGGUGGAAAGAUAACAACCAUUGAUACUCCAACUCUUCAACAGUGUCCAUCUUUUUCUUCAUUUGCAGAGACUCAGAAAUUGGAUAAAUCUGAGAUUGAAUCGAUUCAACGUUACUUUGAUGAAAAUAUUGGUUUAAAGGAAAACUUGAAUAAUCCUGAAUGUGCUAAUUGA